AUGUCUGCCCCUUCUGCCGACCUUUGCUGGGAAGUUGUCCGUGACCAGUCCUCGUACUUGGUCAAGCGCCCUAACCUCGCUCCCAUGUCCCGCGACCCCUUCGCCCUCACCAACUUCCACUCUUACAAGUACUCUGGUGUGAACGACAAGGCUGUCGCUGUCCAGGUUGCUCCUUCCGGCAAGGCAAUUGCAGCAGCUGCUGACAGAAGGGCUACAGGUGUCCAGGUCACCUCCAAGAUCGCCAAGCACGCUGGUUUCCCCGCUAAGAACCUCCAGACUGUCGUCUUCAACAAGAACAAGUCUUCCCGCACCACCUACAAGGCCGUUGCCACCACUGCCGCCGCCCGUGGCUACCGUGCCGACCUCCGUCAGGCCGCCAUUGCCCGUGCUUCCGCCAUCCUCCUUUCCCAGCGCUCCAAGAAGGCUGCUGCUGUUUCCAAGCCCCGUGGCAAGGCUGUCCGUGCUUAA